GAACGUCCUGACUCAGUGACUCGAGCUGCCCGCUAUUUACCGUUGAAAAUAUGAAUAUAUUCUCUCCCAUUUUAAAAGCUGAUUCCCUUUCUAUCAAUCACCCCCACAGCCUUUUUCUUUCUGCCAAAUUCGGAAUCGUUGGUCGUGGCUGAGGAUUUCAAUGUUCCCUCCAUUUCCCUUUUCUUUUCGUUGCGUGAUUCCAAUUCCCGGGUCAUUGUCCAAUUCCUCCUUUUUUUCUUCUUCCUCCAUCUAUUUAUAGGCUGAAAACGCGAGAACAAAUCACGCUGCGAUCGCAACCUCACUUUUUCUUGGGUAUUUCUGUAGUCCAUUUUCCACGAUCCAGCGUCAGAUUUGGGCCGCAACCACUUGAUUUGAUAUGGGUAACAUGAAUAACAGUGUUGAGGAAAGCACUGAUCUUGGUACUGUGUUGCGCAAGGGAAGGGAAAUCCUUUUGCAGGGUUUUAACUGGGAGUCACACAAAUAUGACUGGUGGAGAAACUUGGAAAAGAAAGUUCCUGACAUUGCAAAGUCUGGGUUUACAUCUGUAUGGUUGCCACCAGCAGUUAAUUCCUUUUCACCAGAAGGGUACCUUCCCCAAAACCUUUAUUCACUCAAUUCUUCAUAUGGCUCUGAGCAGCUGUUGAAGGCUUUACUCAAUAAACUGAAGCAGUACAAAGUUAGAGCGAUGGCUGACAUAGUAAUCAACCAUCGCAUUGGAACUACUCAAGGACAUGGAGGAAUUUAUAACCGUUAUGAUGGAAUUCCACUAGCAUGGGAUGAGCAUGCUGUCACAUCUUGUACUGGUGGAUUGGGUAACCGAAGCACUGGAGACAACUUCCAUGGGGUUCCAAAUAUUGAUCACAGCCAACAUUUUGUUCGUAAGGACAUCAUAGGAUGGCUGCAGUGGUUGCGUAGUGUUGGCUUUCAAGAUUUUCGCUUUGACUUUGCAAGGGGUUAUGCAGCAAAAUAUGUCAAAGAAUAUAUUGAAGGAGCAAAGCCUAUAUUUUCUGUUGGCGAGCAUUGGAAUUCUUGCAACUACAAUGGCUAUGGAUUAGACUACAACCAAGAUAGCCAUAGGCAAAGGAUCAUUAAUUGGAUUGAUGCCACGGGACAACUUUCAACUGCAUUUGACUUCACAACGAAGGGGAUUCUUCAGGAAGCUGUAAAGGGGCAGUUCUGGCGCCUGCGUGACUCUCAAGGGAAGCCACCAGGUGUAAUGGGGCUGUGGCCCUCAAGGGCUGUCACAUUUAUCGAUAACCAUGACACAGGCUCAACACAGGCUCACUGGCCUUUCCCCUCGAAUCAUAUAAUGGAGGGUUACGCAUAUAUACUUACACAUCCAGGAAUACCCACAAUUUUUUAUGAUCACUUUUAUGAUUGGGGCGAUUCCAUUCAUGAACAAGUUGUUAAAUUGAUGGACAUUAGAAGGCGUCAAGAUAUUCACAGCCGGUCAUCUGUUAGAAUUCUGGAGGCCCAAAACAACCUCUAUUCCGCAAUUAUUGGAGAAAAAGUAUGCAUGAAGAUUGGGGAUGGUUCAUGGUGUCCAACUGGCAGCGAGUGGACGCUAGCAACGAGUGGACAAAGAUAUGCAGUAUGGCAAAAGCAAUGAUUCCUGUACCUUCUUUCUUUUUCAUAUAAUUGGAUCCCCCCCUACUGGGGAAUGGAUGAUACCACUUUUAAUUUGGCAUGAUAGCUACUACUUGUAUUGCGUAAAUAAAGCAUCCCAUCUCCAAAUUUGUAUUGGAAAUCAUUGGUGAUGCUUUUAUUUAUUUGUCUGAGAUUAACUGCAUUUACUAUCAAUAAAACUAUAAAGCAUUUUGUUCCUAACGUCGACACGCAUCUAUGCA